CGUUUUGACGCCGCUUACAUACGGGUAGUGACGUAUGAAAGAGGGCAUUCAUAGAACGCUACGAUAUCGCUAUUUAUUCGCAACUUUAAUAAAUGGAAAUGUUAGGAUAAUUGAAAAUAUCGUUCCCGAGCAAUGGCGCGCAUAGUGUUGGCGGGAGGAGCAUUGCUCUACGUCCUAAUCUUUGCGCUCGAGACCAGCGCACUUAUCCUCUUGCCACACGAUGUCCGCCCUGGUCACGCUAUUCGUCACUUCGUCAGCAAUCAUUCGCGAUACACUCUGCUUGAACCCGAAUAUGCUUCCUACUUUACUCUUCUCGACGACGGGCUUUUGAUGACAACAGCUGAUCUUGCGCCACUACUAAAUCAACCUCUUAAUCUCGCUGUUUUAGAGCAAACUCCAUUUAGUAGUUCGGCGCAUUCGGUGCAUCUUUUAGUAAUGGACCGACGAAAAAUGCUUCAUUUUACCGAAUCAAGUGGUUUGCAUGGUGAAAUUCCGGAGAAUUCUCCACCAGGAACUGUGGUUGAUAUUCCGCCAAUAAAAGCCACUGCGUUAGCUAACGUGGGCCCUAUAGCUUACAAGAUUAUACGUGGCAAUGAAGAAUUAAUUUUUGCACUUCGUGAUAAAGCUAUGCACACUGAUUCGGAAAUAAGAUCAGUAAUAACAGAUGGCGAUGUAGAAAUUAUCGCAAAGAAAAGUUUAGAUGCUGAAAGUAAGAAAUUUUACGAUUUAAUUAUUCAGGCAACAGAUCUGCAUGGAAUAAAUAAGGCGAAUCUUCCUAUUAGAAUUAAUGUCGCUAAUGAAAAUGAUCAUGAACCCAUAUUUGAACAAGAAAUUUAUUAUUUCGCCGUGAAUGGAACUUGCGAUAGUAGUUGUCAUAAUGGUUCAGCACAUUGGCAAAGGUUCUCGAAUAUAGGGAAAGUAAAUGCAUUUGAUAUUGAUGGCGAUCGCGUUUAUUACUCUGUCAAGACACCUACAAAUCUGGCUGUUAUAGUGCCACAAACAGGGGAACUGAUUCUAGCUGGGGAACCAGAUGGACAUGAAGUCGAAUUACAAGUUUUAGCGCACGACACUGGAACGCCGCCGCGAAAAAGUCAACCUGCUCAAGUAUUUAUUGAAUUUAUUAUCCGCGAACGAAAAGAAUUACCAACGCUACACCGGGACAAAAGAAGAGUGACCCGUGCUGUUCGUCCAACGAAACGUAUUGAAUUCACUGAAGCCGAUGGCGAAGUUGAGGGACGUGCAGUGUUUACUCUUGAAAAAGAGACCGAUAGAGAGACUUUUAAAAUUCGGGACGAAAAUCCGUGGGUUACCGUUGAACCAAGUGGUGUGGUGAAAGUUAAAAAGAAGUGGGACUAUGAAGAAUUAGGCCCCGAGAAGACUAUCGAUUUUUGGGUUACCAUCACCAACGCUGGAAAUGGAGACACCGAUAAUCAGCGCGUAAUUAUUCACGUGAAAGAUGUCAACGACGAACCUCCUUACUUCAUCAAUCGUCCCUUGCCGAUGCAAACUGUGGUACAACUCAACGCGGCUCCUAAUACGCCAGUCUUCACUCUUCAAGCCAGAGAUCCUGAUACUGACCAUAAUAUCCAUUACUUCAUAGUCAGAGAUAGGACAGGCGGAAGAUUUGAGGUAGACGAACGUUCGGGCGUGGUCCGCACCCGUGGAACUGAUCCUUUCCAGCUGGAUAUGGAAUAUGUACUUUACGUCAAGGCGGAAGACCAGAGUGGUCGUGUAGAUGAGAGAAGAUUCCAGUCAACUCCCGAAGAAAGACUUAGUAUCGUCGGUGGGAAACGGGCCCCGCAAUUUUAUUUGCCGAGCUACGAGGCAGAGAUUGCUGAAAAUCAGAAGAAAGAUUCAGAUAUCAUUUCUGUAAAGGCCAAAUCGUUUGCGGAUCGCGAGAUUCGUUACACUUUGAAAGCGCAAGGUCAGGGGGCUGGAACCUUCAACAUCGGACCGACAUCUGGAAUAGUGAAGCUGGCCAAGGAAUUGGAUUUCGAAGACUUACGUCAACCUCAUGUCUAUUCCUUGGUCGUAACGGCCACUGAAGACUCCGGUGGUUUCUCUACUUCUGUUGAGCUCACGAUACGAGUGACAGACGUCAACGAUAACGCUCCGAAGUUCGAGCUGCCUGACUACCAAGCGCACAACGUCGACGAAGACAUUCCGCUCGGCACCAGUAUCCUCAAAGUGAAGGCCAUGGACGCUGACUCCGGGAAGAAUGCAGAGAUCGAAUAUUUAGUUUCAGAUGAUCACUUCAGUGUUGACUCCAACGGCAUUAUCACAAACAAUAAACAGUUAGAUGCUGACAACAAUAACGCCUAUUAUGAAUUCGUCGUCACCGCCAAGGACAAAGGAGAGCCAGCUAAAACUGGAACUGCGACCGUUAGGGUUUAUACUAAGAAUAAAAAUGACGAGGAACCAAAAUUUUCUCAACAAGUAUACACCCCUAAUGUUGAUGAAAAUGCGGGCCCGAAUACUUUAGUUACGACCGUUGUAGCCUCAGAUAAAGACGGUGAUAAUGUCCGCUUCGGAUUCGUCGGUGGGGGUACUAGUUCGGGCCAAUUCGUCAUCGAGGAAAUCACUGGUGUUAUAAGAUUGCAUAACAAAGCUAUAUCCUUAGAUCGAGAUAAAUAUGAACUCAAUGUUACCGCACUGGACGAUGGCGCCUGCUGCGUCAACGGAGACGCCACUAUACACACGUCGACUGCUGUAGUCGUUGUAUUCAUUACGGACGUUAAUGACAACAAACCGAUAUUUAAAGACUGUCCCACAUAUUUUCCAAAAGUAGAAGAAGGGGCUCCCAACGGCAGUCCAGUCAUAAAAGUUCAUGCAACGGAUGAAGACAAAGGGGUCAAUGGCCAGGUUAAGUAUUCUAUUGUGCAACAACCAAAUCAGAAAGGUACCAAGUUCACCGUCGACGAAGAAACUGGGGAAGUUUCUACCAACAAGGUAUUUGACAGAGAAGGCGACGAUGGAAAAUUUGUAUCGGUAACCGUUAAAGCUACUGAUCAGGGAGAACCGUCGUUGGAAGGUGUUUGUUCGUUUACAGUUGAGAUAACGGACGUUAACGAUAACCCACCACUAUUCGACAGACAGAAAUAUGUGGAGAAUGUUAAACAGGAUGCCAGUAUAGGCACAAAUAUCUUAAGGGUAUCGGCAUCCGACGAGGAUGCCGAUAAUAACGGCGCCAUAGUGUAUACUCUGAGCGCUCCAUAUAACCCUGCCGAUAUAGAAUACUUUGAGAUCCAACCGGAAUCGGGAUGGAUAGUUUUAAAGAAACCUCUAGACCGGGACAGGUAUCGACUGCGCGUGCGCGCCUCCGACAGAGGCGACCCGCCCUCCUCCGCAGACGUGGACGUUGAAUUAGACGUGGUAGACAGGAACAAUAAGCCCCCCAUCUGGGACAUGACCACGUAUGGCCCCGUUCACAUCAAAGAGAAUGUCACAGUGGGUACCGUAGUGACCAGUGUGAAAGCCAGCUCGGGCAUUGAGAACAACCCAACCGUAUUCUACAGACUCAUGCCCGGAUCUACGGCUCAGACGAAUAAAUUCCAUACUUUUUAUUUACAACAAAGGGCUGACAAUGGUUUUACUUGGGCAGACAUUAAAGUAAAUCAUCCUCUAGACUACGAAAGCAUUAAAGAAUACAAUCUAACCAUUCGAGUAGAGAACAACGGAGCUCAGCAGCUGGCUUCAGAGGCGACAGUCUACAUAAUGCUCGAAGAUGUCAACGACGAAAUACCUUUAUUCACGGAACGAGAACAAGAAACUGUACUUGAAGGCGAACCCAUCGGCACGAAGGUCACGCAAGUUAAUGCCAUCGACAAGGACGGGACCUUCCCUAACAAUCAGGUGUAUUACUACAUCGUGGACUCACCUCGGAAUGAGGGCAAGGACUUCUUCGAGAUCAGCAUGCAGACCGGCGAGAUCUUCACUAAAGUGGUGUUCGACAGAGAGAAGCAAGGAGCCUACGCGUUGGAGGUGGAGGCAAGAGAUGGAGCACCAUCGGCGCGGCCCAAUUCUGAUAACCAGCCUAACUCAGUGACCAAAUUCAUCCGAAUCGGCAUCGCGGAUAAAAAUGACAAUCCACCCUAUUUCGACAAGGAGCUAUACGAAGCGGAAGUGGACGAAAAUGAAGACAUCCAACAUACUGUGCUCACGGUCACCGCCAAAGAUCACGAUGAAUCAUCGCGUAUUCGAUACGAGAUUACGAGCGGGAACAUAGGAGGUGCGUUCGCUGUAAAGAACAUGACUGGCGCCAUCUAUGUAGCGGGCGCACUCGACUAUGAAACAAGGAAACGGUACGAGUUGAAGCUAGCUGCAUCGGACAACCUCAAAGAGAACUACACGACGGUCGUGAUCCACGUGAAGGACGUGAACGAUAAUCCCCCGGUGUUCGAGCGGCCUACAUAUCGAACUCAAAUUACAGAAGAAGACGACCGCAAUCUUCCCAAGCGGGUGCUACAGGUAACAGCUACAGAUGGUGACAAAGACAGACAACAAAACAUUGUUUACUUCCUCACGGGUCAAGGCAUUGAUCCAGACAAUCCAUCAAAUAGCAAAUUUGAUAUUAACCGAACGACUGGAGAAAUAUUCGUUCUUAAGCCAUUAGAUCGUGAUCAACCAAAUGGAAGACCGCAAUGGAGAUUCACCGUAUUCGCUCAAGACGAAGGGGGCGAAGGACUCGUAGGUUACGCUGACGUUCAAGUUAAUCUAAAAGACAUCAACGAUAAUGCACCAAUAUUCCCACAAGGUGUUUACUUUGGCAAUGUUACUGAGAAUGGGACAGCAGGCAUGGUUGUUAUGACUAUGACUGCCAUAGAUUACGACGAUCCGGCUGAAAGUAAUAAUGCAAAAUUAUGGUAUUCGAUAGAAAAAAAUGUAAUAGAAGAAGAAACAGGUUCACCAAUAUUUGAAAUAGAACCAGAAACCGGUGUCAUUAAGACAGCUGUAUGUUGUUUGGAUCGUGAAAGGACUCCCGAUUAUUCUAUUCAAAUCGUAGCGUCAGACGGAGGAGGGUUAAAAGGAACUGGUACAGCAUCUAUACGAGUUAAAGAUAUCAACGAUAUGCCACCUCAAUUUACUAAAGAUGAAUGGUUUACAGAAGUAGAUGAAACGGAUGGGACUAAUUUACCAGAAAUGCCAAUUCUUACAGUGACUGUACACGAUGAAGAUGAAACUAAUAAAUUUCAAUAUAAAGUAAUUGAAAAUAGUGGAUACGGUGCUGAUAAAUUUACUAUGGUUAGAAAUAAUGAUGGCACAGGUUCACUUAAAAUCGUUCAACCUCUAGACUAUGAGGACCAAUUGCAAAGCAACGGUUUUAGAUUUAGAAUACAAGUUAACGAUAAAGGAGAAGACAACGAUAAUGACAAAUAUCAUGUAGCUUAUUCUUGGGUAGUUGUUAAACUUAGGGAUAUAAAUGACAAUAAACCCCAAUUUGAACGCGCAAAUAUUGAAGUAUCCGUGUAUGAAAAUGCUGAAGUCGGCAAAAGUCUUGAAACAUUUAAAGCCACAGAUCCGGAUCAAGGUGGUAAAAGUAAAGUUUCAUACGCUAUUGAUAGAUCAUCGGAUAGAAAAAGACAGUUUUCUAUAAGCCAAGAGGGUACUGUAAGUAUUCAAAGAUCUUUAGAUAGAGAGGACACGCCUAGACAUCAAGUAAAAAUAUUAGCUAUAGAUGAUGGAGUUCCUCCUCGAACAGCUACAGCAACUUUAACAGUUAUUGUGCAAGAUAUCAAUGACAAUGCACCUACAUUCCUUAAAGACUAUAGACCAGUAUUAACAGAACACAUUACACCUAAAAAAGUAGCAGAAAUUUUAGCCACUGACGAUGAUGAUAGAUCUAAAAGUAACGGUCCUCCUUUCCAAUUCAGACUUGAUCCUGGUGCUGAUGACAUAAUAAGGGCUUCUUUCAAAGUUGAACAAGACCAAAAAGGUGCCAAUGGUGAUGGUAUGGCAAUCGUUUCCUCACUUCGGUCUUUUGAUAGAGAACAACAAAAAGAAUAUCUCAUUCCUAUCAUAAUUAAAGAUCACGGAAAUCCAGCAAUGACUGGAACUAGUACUUUAACUGUAGUAAUUGGUGAUGUCAAUGAUAACAAAAUGCAACCAGGAUCUAAGGAAAUUCUUGUAUAUAAUUACCAAGGACAAGCACCAGAUACUGAAAUUGGAAGAGUUUAUGUUUACGAUUUGGAUGAUUGGGAUUUACCCGAUAAGAAAUUUUUCUGGGAAAGUUCUGAACAUCCAAACUUUACAUUAAAUGAAGAAACGGGUAUGGUACAAAUGAGACAUAAAACAAGAGAAGGCAGAUAUCAUUUAAAGUUCAAAGUUUAUGAUCGGAAACAUACCCAAACUGAUGUUCCUGCUAACGUCACUGUUUACGUAAAAGAAAUAUCACAUGACGCAAUAAUAAAUUCAGGUUCAAUACGAAUAUCAGGAAUAUCGGAUGAAGAUUUUAUUCGAGUCUGGAAUUAUAAGACAUUAAGUGUAUCUAGAAGCAAGUUAGAUAUAUUUAAAGACAAGUUGGCGGAUUUACUGAAUACUGAACGAGAAAAUAUUGAUAUAUUCAGUGUCCAAUUGAGAAAGAAACAUCCGCCAGUAACUGAUAUUCGUUUUUCAGCACAUGGUGCUCACUAUUAUAAACCAAUCCGGUUAAAUGGCAUUGUAUUAAUGCACCGAGAGGAAAUCGAAAGAGCUGUUGGAAUUAAUAUUACUAUGGUUGGUAUUGAUGAAUGUAUUUAUGAAAAUCAAAUGUGUGAAGGAUCUUGCACAAAUGUCCUGGACAUUAGUAACUUACCAUAUAUGGUAAAUUCUAACAAAACUGCACUCGUUGGUGUAAGAGUUGAUGUUAUUGCUGAGUGCACGUGUGGUGCGAGAAACUUCACACAAGCCGAGACAUGUCGCAAUUCUCCUUGUUAUAAUGGUGGUAGAUGUAUAGAAGGUAAAUAUGGUUUAACUUGCUCCUGUCCACCCGGCUACACCGGUCCAAGAUGUCAACAAACAUCGAGAAGUUUUAGAGGAACUGGAUGGGCGUGGUACCCAUCUUUGGAGAUGUGUGAUAGUUCUCAUUUAAGUUUUGAAUUUAUAACACGAAAAUCAGAAGGUGUUUUGCUUUACAACGGACCAAUAGUCCCACCCGAACCAGAAGAAAUAGUCGUAUCAGAUUUCAUUUCUGUUGAAUUAGAAAGAGGAAAUCCCAGGUUACUUAUAGAUUUUGGCUCCGGCACAUUAGAACUCAGAGUGAAAACUAAGAAGUCAUUAGAUGACGGCGAAUGGCAUCGCUUAGAUAUAUUUUGGGAUACUGAAAAUGUACGAAUGAUUGUCGACUUCUGUAGAUCAGCAGAUAUUCAAGAAAUGGAAGACGGUACACCACCAGAAUUCGAUGAUUCAACGUGUCAAGCAACUGGAAGCAUUCCUCCAUUUAAUGAAUAUUUGAAUGUUAAUGCGCCGUUGCAAAUUGGAGGACUUUACAUCGAACAUUUUGAUCCUACUCAUUAUCAUUGGCAAUACAUGCCCAUUGGCAAAGGUUUUGACGGGUGCAUUAGGAAUUUAAUACACAAUAGUAAAUUAUAUGACUUAGCUCAUCCUGGAUUAUCACGAAAUUCUGUAGCGGGCUGUCCACAAACUGAGGAAGUUUGCAACCAAGCCGACACUACCUCGAGAUGUUGGGAGCAUGGCACUUGUGUGGGAAGUUUUUCCGAAGCUAGAUGUCAGUGUCAACCGGGCUGGACCGGACCAUCGUGCAAUUUACCAACAACACCCACAAGCUUUAGACCCCAGAGCUACGUUAAAUUUGCACUAAGCUUCGAACCUGACAGAUUUAGUACCCAAAUUCAACUAAGGUUUAGAACUCGAGAACCUCACGGAGAACUUUUCAGAGUGAGUGAUCAACAUAAUCGUGAAUAUGGAAUUUUAGAAGUGAAAGAUUCACGACUGCAUUUCCGAUUCAAUCUGAAUUCACUACGGACAGAAGAACGCGACGUUUGGCUAAAUUCUGUAGCAGUUGAUGAUGGCCAAUGGCACAUUGCUCGUGUCAGCAGAUAUGGCAGCGCUGCCACUCUGGAAAUCGAUGGUGGCGAAGGGAGAAGAUAUAAUGAAACGUUUACAUUUGAAGGACAUCAAUGGCUUCUUGUUGAUAAACAGGAGGGCGUAUAUGCAGGAGGUAAAGCCGAAUACACUGGUGUGAGAACUUUUGAAGUAUACGCCGAUUUCCAAAAAGGAUGCUUAGAUGAUAUCAGAUUAGAAGGAAAACAUUUACCAUUGCCUCCAGCAAUGAAUGGAACUCAAUGGGGUCAAGCAACGAUGGCAAGAAAUUUGGACAGAAACUGCCCAUCGAAUAGUCCCUGCAUCAACGUUCACUGCACAGAACCAUUUGUUUGUGUAGAUCUUUGGAACGAAUACGAAUGCACGUGUCCGAGUGGAUCGAGUCGCGCGGGUGGGACGUGUGUCAACGUGAACGAGUGCGUGCACAAUCCGUGUCUGAACGGCGGCACGUGCGUGGACCGCGAGCCGACGCGCCGCUACGACUGCAUCUGCCCGUUCGCCUACACCGGCCAUGACUGCGAACUAGAACUGCUGGCCUCGGGAAUCAUCAUGCCUUCCAGAGAUUUCAUUAUAGCUAUCAUUGUCUGUUUGUUUUUGCUUUUAGUUCUUGUGCUGGUGUUUGUGGUGUACAAUCGGCGUCGAGAGGCGCAUAUAAAAUAUCCAGGUCCAGACGACGAUGUUCGCGAGAACAUUAUAAACUACGAUGACGAGGGCGGCGGCGAAGAUGACAUGACAGCCUUCGAUAUUACUCCCCUUCAAAUUCCAAUCGGCGGACCGCUCCCUGAUCAUGUCCCAUCGAAACUACCAUAUCCGUUGAUGGGAGUGGGCCUAGGAGUAGGUCCAAUGGUUGGUGUAGCACCAGCUGUGGGUGUACCUCUACCAGGGGAAACGAACGUGGGCAUGUUCAUCGAAGAGCAUAAGCGAAGGGCGGACAGCGACCCAAACGCGCCACCCUUCGACGACCUCAGGAAUUAUGCGUACGAAGGCGGCGGUAGCACUGCCGGCUCUUUGUCUUCGCUUGCUUCCGGAACUGACGACGAAGUGCACGAGUACGACUACCUGGGCGCGUGGGGCCCGCGGUUCGACAAGCUCGCCGACUUGUACGGCCCCGACCUCGACGAGCAGCUGUAGAUCUCAUCCUCUCCCCGCGCACCCCGACGACGAUUAGUCAAUUGUCUCCCCUCUCCGCUCGGCGCGCACAUCUCCGUGACGUCUCCGUGAUGUCUCCGUGACUCCUUCGUGACGUCGCGUCGACGUUCGGCCGCGACUACGAGUAUCUUAACCGAUUUUCUAAGAGUUUAUUUUAUACUUUAGGAAUCGUUAGCUUAAGUAUCUCUAUGUACGUUUGAUUGCGUAAUUUUUUAUGAGGUUUCCCAACCGAUUACUUCACCAAAUAUUUGAUAUAAGUUUUACUCGAGUUAGCCAUAUUAUGAGUCAGUAUUUUAUUGGAAGCUAACGAGAUAAGUGGAUUUCUGCUGGAGGGCCAGAUGUGAAUCGGAAUCGUGGGUGUUUGUAGAUAGUGUGCUAUAAAUGUGAAUAAUUUAUACGAGUAUUUUGUAAGU